AUGAUCCCUGAUAAUUGGAUAUCUCUUAUACAAGCAAAUUAUUUAGACGAAAUCAUAUCAAGAAAACCUUCUAACGAUACAGGUUCAAAAGCUACGAUCGCGAAACAUGUGUUGAAUGAAGAACGUAUGCCAAAGGAUAAUGAAACAAUAGAAAAACGUGCACAUAUGAAUGAUCAAGAAGGUACAAAAUUAGUUGAUAAGGUCCAUGAAGAUUCCACAAUGAAUCUAAAUCGUGAUUUAACAGUAACAUCGGGAACUAACGUUGAUAUGAAGAAAUACGAACUGGAUGUCAUUUUAAAUUGUAAACAAUUGGAUCUUUUUAAAUUAGAAGACUUAGUACAAGCUGGUGAAUUACAAUAUAUCAAUCAAACAUUGAAAGAUAUAUCAGAAACAUUGGUUGAUAAUUUUUAUUGCAAACAUCACACGUUUCCCGAAUUCAUUCAGGAGUGUGUAACACCAGUUAUGUAUCUAUUAAAACGAUUACAAAAUUUAGAUGAUUUUGUGAACACAUUGACAUUUAAAUAUCAACGAAUGCAACAAAAAAUAGAUCGUAAAUUAACGAAAACAACAAAUUUAAGUUUAAGGAUGUUAUUACAUGUUCUAUUUAUGAAUUCCGAUAUAUUUUUACGACGAAUCAUUAUGUCAUUAGUAAGUAAACGGAAUCCAGUGCCAAUCAUUUCACCAAAUAUUCAAAACUGGAAUCAAAACGAAACAUAUGAAUUUAUGCCUGCAAUUAUACAUGUAUGGAAUCAUACAAGACCAACAAUAUUAUCAUUUGGCAUUGGUCCGUGUCAAGGUAAAUCAACAUUAUUAAAUCAAUUAUUUCAAUCAACGUUUGAACAAAGUGUUGAAAGUAUUUAUUUUCAACAAACAAUCGAUAUUGAUUUUGGUUAUUGUUUUAAUCCUGAACGAAUAUUAAAUAUUGCUGAUACUCACGGCACGAUUGACAAAAAACUAUUGCGUAAAAUUGAGCGAUUAUUUGAUGGAUUUUUAAUACAGAUUGAUAAACAAUAUUUCGAUCAACAAUUACAAGUUGUAAUUGAAUAUAUGGAAGUUUUAUCUAAAGAAAAUUUUCAAAUGAUCAUCAUACGUGAUUCACCAAAUCAAAAUCUAGUAGAUCAUUCAUUAAAAAUCAGAAAUUUAGCCAAACAAUGUGAAUUAGAGUUAUCACAAAAAUUACAUAUAUAUCCAUUACGAAAUGUUUCAAAUACAAAUGAUCGAAAUAUUAAUUUCUCUAUUGAAGAUUUACGUGAAGAAAUACUAACAAAAAUACAAGAAGAAAUAAAAGUAACCAACGAUAAAGAUGAAGUAUUAGCAAAUUUACAAAAACUUGUGAAAAAAGAUUAUUUUGAGUAUUUAAAAACAAUGGAUAAAAUAAUUCAACCAUUGAAAAAGCGAUUAUUACAAAAAAAUGAAUAUCAAAGGGAACAGAAUUUUCCAUUGUAUUUGAAAUUUCGAGAAUUAUGUAAACUACGACAACAAUUAAAAAAAAUUGACUUUUAUGGUGCAGAAUGUGAAAAUAUGUUUGAAGUUAAUUCUCAAUUGUUUAAUUUAGAAAGUGACUUAGAUCCUAAUACAAAUAGAUCCUCACCAAUACAAUGUGGCUAUGUUUUUGACUCAUUUAUUGAAAUAUUAAAAUCAAAAAAUAUGUUGAUGAGUUUAGAUUUAUUAGCAUCUGAGUUGAAAUAUGAAUUGUCAAGUUUAGGAGGCGAUAAAUUAGCUGGUGAUUUAUCGAUUGAAAAUGCUUUUUUGUCAUUGGAAGUACUUUGGCGUAAUGCAAUUGUUUGCUCUAAUCAUACACCAAUUGAUACACAGAAUUUAAUACAAAAGUCUUAUCAUGAUUUUGUUGCAGCUGGUUUUCCAUUUGAAAUAAUUGAUGGUGAUAAUUUUCAUUUUCAACAUCAAUUUUUAACCAAAGUUUUGAGCCAAUUUAGCUCGCAACGGAUAUUAGUUAUUAGUAUUAUUGGUCCUCAAAACAGUGGUAAAAGUACAUUAUUAAAUUAUAUGUUUGGAACAUUAUUUGAUGUCAGAGAAGGACGUUGUACUCGAGGUAUUUAUGGUUCAUUUGUCAAAUUAGAUAAAUCAAAUCAAAUGAUUAAGAAUAUUUUGAAAAAAUCUAAACAAAAUGAAAACUCAGACAUUGAUUAUAUUAUGUUAAUAGAUACUGAAGGUCUUUUAUCAAUUGAAAAAGGUGAUAAAGAAUACGAUCGACGCUUAGUUUUAUUUUCUUUGGCUGUGUCACAUUUAGUCAUUGUUAAUAUGAUGGGAGAUAUUAAUGAAACAUUGAAAGAUAUGCUAACAUUAUGUGCAGAUUCAUUAAAACAAAUUGGUGUUAAUACUAUCAAUCAACCAAUCGUACAUUUUAUUUUAAAUCAAAAAGCUGAUCCAAAUUUAAAAAAUCAUAUGGAAGCUAUUGAAAAAAUAAUUGGAGAUUUGAAAGAAAAAAAAUUAGCUGAGGUUAUUGAUAUUAGUCCAAAAACAUUUCAUACAUUACCAUCAGCAUUUAAGAAAGAACGUGUAUCAACUGAUACAAAGAGUCCGUGUUUUAUACGUACAGAACCAGACUUUAUUGAACGUACACAGCAAUUAUGUGAGAAAAUCAUAGAAUCAGCCAAAUCAUGUUAUGGAAGAUCUGGUGACAUGUUCUCGGAUCCACCACGAUGGCUUAAAACAGCUGUAAAUAUAUUUGAUACAUUACAGAAAUUUCCAGAUUUAACAUAUUUUAAAGAUAUU